AUGGCUGUCCCAAGGAACUCUCUUAGAGCCUUCCUCACACAAGCUAGAGCUAGCUUGGAAAAAGCCAUCAAUCACCAUGAGAAGAUCACUUUGGUCAUCGGCAACGAAUCAGCAGACCUUGAUUCCAUCACCAGUUCGAUAGUAUAUGCCUAUCUAAAGUCCAUCACGCAUCCAGCACAAGGCCCUGCUACUCUACACGUACCUCUGUUGAAUAUUCCGAAAGCCGAUAUAAAUCUCAGACCGGAGCUGCUUGCACUGCUUCCGCAUGCGAAUAUCGAACAACGUCAUCUUAUUACCCUGGACGACCUGCCAAGUCUCACUAACAUCAAGGACAUCCUUUUGCCAGCAACUACCAGAUGGAUUCUAGUCGAUCACAACGUGCUGCAAGGAAAAUUAGGCGCCAUCUAUGCUGAUCGCGUUGUUGGUGUUGUCGACCACCAUGCGGAUGAAGGCAAAAUUCCAAACGAUACCGGCUCCGAGCCUCGUAUCAUCACUACUAGUGGAAGCUGCACAAGUCUGGUAAUCAACCAUUGCCGUGAGGCUUGGGAUAGAUUGUCGACUGGAACAUCGUCUACUGGAGCAGCACAAGCACAAGGUGAUACGCUUAUGGAGGAUGAAGCCCUGAGCUCACUCUGGGAUGCACAAGUGGCGCAACUUGCUCUAGCGUCUGUGAUCAUCGAUACCAUCAAUCUCCAAGAUGAACAUAAAACCACAGAACACGAUCAACACGCUGUCACUCAUCUGGAAGCAAAGAUCCAUCUAUGCGCCAAGAUCGGCAGCCAAUUCGAUAGGACCGAAUUUUUCAACAAGAUCAAUGAUGCCAAAAAGGAUCUAUCUCCUCUGACUUUCGAAGAAAUCUUGAGAAAGGACUACAAGCAAUGGUCCGAAAACGGAAUGAUCCUAGGCACAAGUGCAGUCGUCCAACCCAUCAGUUUUCUCAAAGGCAAGAUCAACAAGAACUCGGACUCCAAGGACUACAGAGCUCUGCUUGAAGCCUCCAAGCUCUUCGCGCGAGAGAGAGGACUGUGUGUCUUCUCCAUAAUGACGGCCUAUGAAUCCGAGCAUGAUGGCUUUGCCCGAGAACUUGCUGUCCUGGCUGUAGAUGAGAGAGGCCUCGGUCCGUGCAAAAAGUUUCUGGAAUCAUCCGGUAGGAAACUUCAGCUCGACGAAGUAGAUACCGAUGAGAGUGAUGAACAUUGGUUUCACACGUGGAAGCAAGGCAACAUCUCUUCGAGCAGAAAGCAAGUUGCACCUUUACUUAGAGAAGCCAUGUCAGCAAUAUCCCGAUAA